UUCGGCGGCAUGAGUGCGAGCUCGGAGUGCGGCAGUCGGCGUCAUGGCAGGACAAGCAUUUAGAAAAUUUCUUCCGCUCUUUGACCGCGUCUUAGUUGAGAGGAGUGCAGCUGAAACUGUAACCAAAGGAGGCAUUAUGCUUCCUGAGAAAUCUCAAGGAAAAGUGUUGCAAGCCACGGUGGUUGCUGUUGGAUCGGGCUCGAAAGGGAAGGGUGGAGAGAUUCAACCAGUUAGUGUAAAAGUUGGAGAUAGAGUACUUCUACCAGAAUACGGAGGCACCAAAGUGGUUCUAGAUGACAAAGAUUAUUUCUUGUUUAGAGACGGUGAUAUUCUUGGAAAGUAUGUAGAUUGAAAUACCACUAUUGAAACGGCAUCCCAUGAAGCUUCCCAUUCCACGAAAUUCUGAAAUCUUUCAUCAUGUAAAUAAUUUCCAUGUCUCUUUUAUAAUAAACUAGUGAU